AAGGUAGAAACAGUUGUGUUGUGUUGCGACAAUGGCUUCUUCAAUUCAUUGCUCUGUUUCACUUCCUUCAUCACUUCCCAAACUCUCCAAUUUCAACUUCAACUUCAACACUACCAACAACAAAUUCUUUUCAUUCAACCCAUCAUCAAAUUCAAUCAAAUGUUCAGCUUCUUCUUUUUCAUGUUUCUCUUCAACAUCACUCGAUGAAACUGCUAUGAGCAUUGAAAAUCUACGUAGCUUCAUCAACCUCAAUAUUGGAAAAUGGAACGGUUCUUUCUAUCAAUUUGAUGCUGGCGGGAAUCUGUUGCAACGAGUGAGUACUAAGCUUUCUGUUAGCUCUUAUGGGGAAGAUGAACUCAUGAGUCUCAUUCAAUCGCUGUACAUUAAACAACCUUCAUCAAAUACUUCAGUUUCUGGAGAUGACGGUGAUGCAGAAUGGGCAGAGUACAAAAUUAAAGAAACCAAUAUGUUUACUGUUGACAAGUACCAACAAAUAGGCUUUUUCCCAUCCGAGAAAGCAUUUGCAUUGAGGUAUCAAACAGCUGGUAUGUUGGAAACUGUAUUACGGCAAGGGGUUCUUGGAGAAGAUGACAUUGGUGAAGAAUCGCCUAGAAAUCUGAAACUUCCCUCUCGUCGACCUUCUCUUGUUUGUGAGAAUUGCCUGUACUCUUUACAGAGAGAUAUGCGAGCAAGAGCUUUUCACAUUUUGGAGCCAAAAGGCACUGUUGAUAUGCUUAUCAUCUUCCUAGAGGAAAGAAGUGAGGGGUCUCCUCCUCUACUUGACAGUGCUGGGGACGCAGAGAAUAGGAUUACACCGUUUCUUGGUAAAUGGAAAGGUCGUUCCGUUACAAACCGAAGUGGUGUCUAUGGAUCUACAAUUUCUGAAGCUGAUACAGUUGUGUUACAUGAGAUGGAUGACAAUGGCCAACUUAUUCAGGAUGUUACUUGCACAUCUGAUGGGACAAAUGUUACAACCAAUGUUCAUUGGACUGGCGCAAUAUCAGACAAUUUAGUCACAUUUGAUGGAGGCUAUCAAAUGAUUCUAUUACCUGGUGGUAUGUACAUGGGAUGUCCUUGUGAUGUUGCAAAAAGUGUUGCACAAUCAAAAUCUUUCCAUUUGGAGUUCUGUUGGUUAGAGACACCUGACAAGAGGCAAAGACUGGUUCGCACGUACGAUGUUGAAGGCUUGGCCGUCUCAUCUACUUAUUUUUUAGAGACUAAAGUGUGAACCCUCAGUUGUCCAAACAGUUCUGAUUAUGAAGAUGAACCAUGUAAUACUCAUUUACCAUAGCAUAAUUUUCAUCCAUUGAUUGAAUAUGAUUGGUUAAUAUAGUCAUUUAGCUUUUAAGCUUUAGAUGUGAUAUAGUCUAAGACUCAAAGCAAAUACUAUUUUGUACUUGUAUAAGUUGCUGCUUUAUUUGGUUAUCCUUUUAUAAUCAGUUGUAAAUCUGUCCCAA